AUGCUCUACUUGACCUCCGAUGCCUUUCCAAUCUUCGUGCCAUUCGGAGUCAUCGGUUUCUACCGCUACCUCUGGUACAUAUUCCGCAUCAUUGCUUCUGUCACCUAUCGCCCUGUCCCUCUCCCCGAAAACCCAACCUACGUAGCCUCUGAAGAUGUCACUAUCAUCGUACCCACCAUCGAUGCUGGUGACGAAUUCAAGGAAGCAGCCCACAGUUGGCUCGCUGGCAAACCCAAGGAAAUCAUCAUCAUCACUGAAGAAAAAAUGCUCAUCCCCCUUCAAGAACUCGCCAACGCCGUUGACCCGGACCGUAUUCGCGUCCUCACCGUUCCUUUCGCGAAUAAGCGAUUGCAGAUGUCACACGGCAUUAAGAAUACUACAACAGACAUUAUUGUCUUUGCAGAUGACGAUGCCAUUUGGCCACCGACGCUUUUGCCAUAUGUGCUAGCGUGCUUUGAGGACCAGAAGGUUGGAGGUGUAGGCACGAGUCAGCGCGUCCAGCCUGUAGGCGAACGCAUGACAGUCUGGGAGGUCCUCGCGGCAUUCCGUCUGACGAUCCGCAACAUCGAAAUUAGCUCUAGCACGCAUAUCGAUGGUGGUCUUCCGUGUCUUUCGGGUCGCACAGCCGCCUACCGAACUGUCAUCCUCAAAGACCCAGAGUUUCUACACGGUUUCACGCACGACUACUGGUUGGGCAAGUACCAGCUCAACUCUGGUGAUGACAAAUUUUUGACGCGGUGGAUGGUGAGCCAUGGGUGGAGUACCUAUGUCCAGUGCUGCAAAGAGGCAGAAUUAUUGAGUACGAUGAAGCCCAACUGGAGAUUCUUGAAACAGGUGUUGCGUUGGACUCGAAAUACCUGGAGAAGUGACCUGCGCUCAUUGUUCAUGGAACGACAUAUUUGGACCACGCAUCCAUACGUCGCUUAUACCAUGGUCGACAAGCUCUUUAACCCCUUCACGCUUCUGGUAGGACCCUGCCUUGUCGGGUACCUUGUCUGGAAAAGUACCAUCGCCGUUGCAGACGGAGGGUACCAUCUGCCUUGGUGGAACAUUAUCCUCUCCUACUUUGUCUGGCUUCUCGCAACCCGUACCGCUAAGCUCCUUCCCCAUCUCUGGCAUUCGCCCAGCCACAUCAUCUAUGUCCCCGCAUUCAUCCUCUUCGGGUACUAUUUCGCGAUCAUGAAGCUGUAUGCCCUUUUCACGCUCCAUGAAACUGGGUGGGGAACUCGUGCAGGCAUUGGCGACCCGACAAAAGCCACAGCUGCCACGGACGCUGGCGGCGUCGGUAUUACCAUAGUACAAGAAAAGGCCUAUUCUGAUGCGCCUAGUUCGAGCUCGAGCCAGCAGUCACCAUACCAUCAACCAGCAGUGGAGAUGCAAACCGGUUAUGCCCCGCAAGGGGUAUACGACGGGCAGACGGUGUAUGGGCGGUAACAGUUAUGAUUG